AUAAAUUCCUAAACUUAGUACCUGAUUUAGUGAAUAUAGUUGAUUAUUGAGCAUGGGGAUUGAAGACAACAAAAAUGGUGCAAACUCAAAGAAAGCAAACCCAGGAAAAGCCACAAUUCUGGCCUUAGGUAAAGGCUUCCCUCAUCAACUUGUAAUGCAGGAGUUUCUAGUUGAUGGCUACUUCAGAGAUACCAACUGUGAUGAUCCUGAACUCAAGCAGAAGCUAACACGCCUUUGCAAAACAACAACAGUGAAGACAAGGUAUGUGGUAAUGUCAGAAGAAAUACUGAAUAAGUACCCAGAGCUAGCAAUAGAAGGUCAACCCACAGUUACACAAAGAUUAGACAUUUGCAAUGAAGCAGUCACAGAAAUGGCAAUUGAGGCCUCCCAGGCUUGCAUUGCAAAUUGGGGUAGGCCCAUUACUGAUAUAACCCACUUGGUAUACGUCUCCUCUAGUGAGGCCCGUUUGCCUGGUGGAGAUAUCUACCUUGCCAAAGGAAUUGGGCUUAAGCCUGAGACGAAUCGGGUCAUGCUCUACUUUUCCGGUUGCUCUGGUGGUGUUGCGGGGCUUCGAGUUGCCAAAGAUAUUGCUGAAAACAAUCCAGGUAGCAGAGUGUUACUUGCAACUUCAGAAACUACAAUAAUAGGGUUCAAGCCACCAAGUCCCAACAGACCAUAUGACCUAGUUGGGGUGGCCUUAUUUGGGGAUGGUGCGGGCGCAAUGAUAAUUGGAACAGACCCAAACCCUAACACCGAGCGACCUCUUUUCGAGCUCCACACCGCCAUCCAACAUUUCUUGCCAAACACCGAGAAAAUCAUAGAUGGGAGGCUGACUGAAGAAGGCAUAAGUUUCAAGCUAGACAGAGCAUUGCCUCAAAUAAUUGAAGACAAUAUUGAAGGGUUUUGUAGCAAGUUGAUGGAAAACAUAGGAUUAACUAACAAGGACUAUAACAAAAUAUUUUGGGCCGUGCACCCUGGUGGGCCCGCAAUCCUUAACAGGCUCGAAAAAAGACUCGAUUUAUCACCCGACAAAUUGAUUGCUAGCCGGAGAGCGCUGGCCGAUUAUGGUAAUGCUAGCAGCAACACAAUUGUGUAUGUGAUGGAGUAUAUGAUGGAAGAAAAUAAAAAAAUGAAUAAGGAAACCAAAAAUGAUGAUGAAUGGGGCUUGAUUUUGGCUUUUGGUCCUGGCGUUACAUUUGAAGGGAUUCUUGCUAGGAAUCUUAUUAGGUGAAAUUAAAUAAAUUGAGUACAUUUUUAAUAAUGUUACAUUUCACUUUGCAACAAAUGCAAGGUAUGUAUUGUUAGUUCUUCUACUACAUAAUGUCUUGAAUAGACAACUUUAUGCACUUCUUUUUUUCUUCAAAUUACAUAAAAGAUUGAAGUUGAUUGUAUUAUGUUAAUAUUGGUGUUCUUGUGCUUGCCAUUCAUGGAUCGACAACUAAAGUUGUUCAAAGGAGACUCGACUCGACUCGAUAUUUACCCGACUUUAAAAAUGGAUUUACAAUGAUCUAAAAGUUAACAUGUACACAAGAAUCGAUUCAAACCAACCUGAAAUCGAUCUGAUGGUCCGAAUGAACACCUGUAAACUUAGCCCGUAAAUAAUUUCAAUUCGAGUCUCUAUGACUCAAUGUGCAUGUUAAAACUCGAAUGAAUGU